GCCGCCGCCGCCGAGCGUCCCCCUCCCCCUCACAGCGGAGGAGGGGACAGUUGUCGGAGUCCGGGCGGCGGAGCCCGAUCGCGGGCUUCCACCGAGAACUCCGUGACGACUGGGUCAGCGCCGCCGGAGAGCCGCUGUCUCCUCUGGAUCUGGCCCGCCGUGUCCGAGGAACCACUUACUACCCGAGAGCGCUCGGUGAGUGACCGCGACUUUUCAAAGCCCGGCAGCGCGCGGGAGUCGACCAACGCGAGUGCAGGCGGCGUCUUAACCCUGCGCUCCCCGGAGCGAGCUGGGGAGGAGGGCGCAGGGGGCAGCACUGCCGGCCGCAGCGCGCGCGCUUAGACAAACUUUACUUACCGCCGAAGCCGGGGCGCGCGGGUGUCCCCCGCUCCCCAGCGCGCUGUUGCGGCCCCGAAACUUCAGCGCACAGCCCAGGCCAACCCCGCGGGAACUGACCGACCGUUCUAUGACUGCAAAGAUGGAAACGACCUUCUACGACGAUGCCCUCAACGCCUCGUUCCUCCAGUCCGAGAGCGGCGCCUACGGCUACAGUAACCCUAAGAUCCUGAAGCAGAGCAUGACCUUGAACCUGGCCGACCCGGUGGGCAGCCUGAAGCCGCACCUCCGCGCCAAGAACUCGGACCUCCUCACGUCGCCCGACGUUGGGCUGCUCAAGCUGGCGUCGCCCGAGCUGGAGCGCCUGAUCAUCCAGUCCAGCAACGGGCACAUCACCACCACGCCGACCCCCACCCAGUUCUUGUGCCCCAAGAACGUGACCGAUGAGCAGGAGGGCUUCGCCGAGGGCUUCGUGCGCGCCCUGGCCGAACUGCAUAGCCAGAACACGCUGCCCAGCGUCACGUCCGCGGCACAACCGGUCAGCGGGGCGGGCAUGGUGGCUCCCGCGGUGGCUUCGGUAGCAGGCGCCGGCGGCGGCGGCGCCGGCGGCUACAGCGCCAGCCUGCACAGUGAGCCCCCGGUCUACGCCAACCUCAGCAACUUCAACCCGGGCGCGCUGAGCAGCGGCGGCGGGGCGCCCUCCUACGGCGCGGCCGGGCUGGCCUUCCCGUCGCAGCCCCAGCAGCAGCAGCAGCCGCCUCAGCCGCCGCACCACUUGCCCCAACAGAUCCCGGUGCAGCACCCGCGGCUGCAAGCCCUGAAGGAAGAGCCGCAGACCGUGCCCGAGAUGCCGGGAGAGACCCCGCCCCUGUCCCCCAUCGACAUGGAGUCUCAGGAGCGGAUCAAGGCGGAGAGGAAGCGCAUGAGGAACCGCAUCGCUGCCUCCAAGUGCCGGAAAAGGAAACUGGAGAGGAUCGCCCGGCUAGAGGAAAAAGUGAAAACCUUGAAAGCGCAAAACUCGGAGCUGGCGUCCACGGCCAACAUGCUCAGGGAACAGGUGGCACAGCUUAAACAGAAAGUCAUGAACCACGUUAACAGUGGGUGCCAGCUCAUGCUAACGCAGCAGUUGCAAACGUUUUGAGGACAGACUGUCAGGGCUGAGGGGCAGUGGAAGAAAAAAAAUAUCAGAGACAGACUUGAGAACUUGACUGGUUGCGAAAGAAAAAAAAAAGUGCCGGAGUACCGAAGCCAAGGGUACACAAGAUGGACUGGGUUGCGUCCUGACGGCGCCCCCAGUGUGCUGGAGUGGGAAGGACGUGGCGCGCCUUGCCUUGGCGUGGAGCCAGAGAGCAGCGGCCUGUUGGCUGCCAGGCUUUGCGAACGGGCUGUGCCCGCGCAGCCAGAACGAUGGACUUUUCGUUAACAUUGACCAAGAACUGCAUGGACCUAACAUUCGAUCUCAUUCAGUAUUAAAGGGGGGCGGGGGUGGGUUACAAACUGCAAUAGAGACUGUAGAUUGCUUCUGUAGUGCUCCUUAAGAACACAAAGCAGGGAGGGGAGGGAGGGGAGGGAGGCUUGUGAGUGCCAGGCUAGACUGCAGAUGAACUCCCCUGGCCUGCCUCCCUCAACUGUGUAUGUACAUAUAUAUUUUUUUUUAAUUUGAUGAAAGCUGAUUACUGUCAAUAAACAGCUUCCUGCCUUUGUAAGUUAUUCCAUGUUUGUUUGUUUGGGUGUCCUGCCCAGUGUUGUUUGUAAAUAAGAGAUUUGAAGCAUUCUGAGUUUACCAUUUGUAAUAAAGUAUAUAAUUUUUUUA